AUGUUUUUGGCGUUGUAUGUUCCAGUUCUGUGGUGGUCUUUCCUUCUUCUGGUGGAUUGCCAGGAAGUCACCACCUUCAACGUGCACUAUCAGGUGCCGGAGGAAAGACAGCCUGGGACUGUGUUGGGAAGGUUGUCUGAAGAACUGGGCUGGACAGAGGGCGGCCAGACCGCAGGGUCCUUCCAGCUGCUACAGCCCUCUGCUCUGCUUCCCAUACAGAUGGACUCUCAGGAUGGUUUGCUACGCACCUUGGGGAGAAUGGACAGGGAGCAGCUUUGCCCCCACAGAGACCUCUGUAUCAUCUCUUUCCGCGUUCUGGCUGCCAGAUACCUAGCCCUGAUCCAUGUGGAGGUUCACGUCCUGGAUAUUAAUGACAACGGGCCUCAGUUUCCCCAAAUGUCACUGGAGCUGGAGAUAUCAGAGAGUGUGCUGUUGCAGACACGAAUCCCUUUGGAUCGAGCCGUCGACCCAGAUGCUGGCUCCAACGGUCUCUGUUCCUACCUCUUGUCACCCAAUGAGCACUUUGCCUUGGAGGUAUCCGUCGGCUCUGAUGGAACUCAGGAGGUGGAGCUUGUGGUCGUGAAAGAAGUGGACCGAGAACGCUACUCCUCUUUCCUUUUGACCGUGACCGCUGUCGAUCGCGGCGAGCCCCCCAGAUCUGGGAGUGCCUUCGUGAGGGUGACCGUGCUGGACUCCAACGAUAACAGCCCGGCGUUCACCCAGAGUUCUGUGACUGUCGAGAUGAGGGAAGAUGCGUCGCCGGGGACUCUUUUGGUCAACCUCACUGCCACAGAUCCCGACCAAGGCCUCAACGGAGAGAUCGAAUAUUCCCUCAGCAAACACACCCCUGUGGAGGUGCUUAGGACGUUUACUAUCGAGAGCCGGACAGGCCGUGUCCUCUUGCAGCAGCAGCUGGAUUAUGAGAAAAAAUCUACCUAUGAGGUGGACGUACAAGCCCGAGAUCAUGGAGCGAAUCCCAUCCCAGCCCACUGCAAGCUUUUGGUCCGGGUUGUAGAUAUCAAUGACAACCAGCCUGAGGUCCAUGUCAUCUGGGCUGGACAGGCCGCAGUGGUGUCUGAAGCGCAGCCCAAAGACAGCUUUGUUGGUCUGGUGACACUCUCUGACCCAGACGCUGGUGAUAACGGGAAGGUGGACUGCUAUAUUAGCCGAGGGGCUGAGCAUUUCUCCUUGAGAAGGAUCAGCCCCAGCAGCUACAUGCUGCUCACCAACACCCCCCUGGACAGGGAGAACUGGGCAGAGCUUAACCUGACCUUGUUAGCACAGGACCGGGGGACCCCUUCACUUGCUGCCGCCAGAGAUUUCACGGUUGACGUUGGCGAUAUCAACGACAACGCGCCCCGCUUCAAGGCCGAUCUAUACCAUGUUUCGGUUGCUGAGAACAGCAUACCCCCUUCCGCUCUGCUGGCAGUCGGGGCCCACGAUGCGGAUGCAGGCCUCAAUGGGAAAGUCACUUACAGUAUCCCCGAUGCGGUGAUUUUGGAGUGGCUUGCGAUUGAUGCCGGCACUGGGGAAAUCUGGGCCCGUACGGCUUUUGAUGCCGAAAAGAUGGCCAGCUUUGACUUUAUUGUGACGGCGGAAGACGCAGGCCAGCCCAAGUUGUCCUCUAACGUUUCCGUCAGGGUCUCUGUGCUUGACGUGAAUGAUAACUUCCCCGUCAUCACAGAGCCCCCGGUGGAGGGUGGGAGGGCAAGUGUGACCGUCCUGGUGGACACGGCCACUGGUCACGUGCUGUGGCCCGAAGGAGAAAAGGGCUCCAAUUCAGUCCCCUCGGCCACUGCUCCCCUGCUCUUCACGAUCUCUGCCACAGACGCAGACACUGGCUUAAACGGUGCCCUUCUUUACAACCUGCUGAGCGGCGACGGAGCUGGCUUGUUCGUCCUCGAUCCCCACUCAGGGCAGGUUCACCUGAACGGCAGCAACGCCGGCAGCCUGGUGGGCCGCGAAUGGGACCUGGACGUGUCUGUGAGUGACCGAGGGGAGAAGCCGCUCUGCACCAGAGUCUCGGUGAAGGUGACGUUUGCCAGUCACCGGGAGGACAUGCCAGAUCCGUCCCCCGUGUCCCAGCCCCUCAGCCCCUCCGCCGUGAUAGGGAUUUGCCUCCUGGUGUUGCUUGCUCUCUUUCUGGUCAGCUUGACGCUGGCGGUGUCUCUGUGUAAAAGGGAGAAGCACGGCAACAUGACGUACAACUGCCGGGAGGCGGAACACGCCUACAGCCAGCAGCAGCCGAAGAAGCCCCCCAAGCCCAUCCAGAAAUCAGACAUCCACAUCGUGCCUGUGCUUCAGCGAGGAGAAGCUGAGAAACCCCAGCCUGGGUCCGAGGCUCCCCCAGGAGCUCCUUGGGCCGAUGCCUCUGAGGUUCCAUGCCACAUGACCCCGACCCUGUACAGGACCCUCCGGAACCAGAGAAAUCAGAGUGUCCUCACGGAGCAGAGUGAGGGAUUUGUCCUCCCUGCCGUGCUCAAGGCUUCCAAACCUCCCCAUGCCCAGAAGUUCAAGACACACGGUGCUGCAGACGUGCCGUUCGCUGAGGUAAACCCAUCGCCAGAAGCGGCUUCGCAGCAGCAGGACAGCAGGCCCAGCCCCGAGACGGGCCGAGAGGAGGCCUGCAGCCAUCACCAUAUCCUGAGGAGCUUGGUGAGACUCUCCAUGGCAGCUUUUGCUGAGCAAAGCCCGACAGGACAGUUGACGCUGGAAUCUGGUUCUGUGCAGCAAAUCUCGCAGCUGCUGUCUCUCCUGCACCAGGGCCAAGUGCAGCCCAAGCCCAACCACAAAGGCAACAAGUACGCAGGGAAGCAUGCCUGCUGCAGGAACACCAGCCCACACGCUGAGGGGCUCACCACCAAGAAGGGUUGUGGCAGCAAGCACCACGACUUUGCACUGCUGGGAGAGGAGCUAGAGAACCUCCUGGAUUCUCCAUCAGGUAAGAGAGGCAUGCUCUCGUCCCUUCCCUUGUGA